GCACCGAGUGAACCGAGACUAUAGUGAAACGUGGCGAGCAGAGAACUGCUGUGAGUCAAAAGAACAACUUCCCCAAACACACCGAGGUCAGACAGACUGAGUGACCACGUUUCAGACUGGUCUUUACUGGGCUUGGGGGCAGUGACUGAACUGAGAAUGGAGAAGCCCCCUCUACCCAGCGACGAGGACGUUCCCGAGAUGGAGGACACUCGCUCAGCCAUAACUCUGGUUCCAGAGGACGAGGAGCCUGGUGAAGAGGUGGGGCAGGGGGACGAGCGUCCUGCCUGGGACAGCAAGUUACAGUAUGUCCUGGCACAAGUGGGCUUCAGCGUGGGCCUAGGCAACGUUUGGAGAUUUCCUUAUCUCUGUCACCAAAACGGAGGAGGUGCAUUCAUGCUGCUGUACGUGAUGCUGCUGCUGAUCAUUGGAGUUCCUCUGUUCUUCAUGGAGCUGGCUGCAGGGCAGAAUAUACGGCAGGGCAGCAUUGGGGUCUGGAAACACAUCUCACCGUACCUCUCUGGGAUCGGCUUCUCCAGCUGUGUGGUAUGUUUCUUCAUGGCUCUGUAUUAUAAUGUGAUCAUCUCCUGGGCACUGUUCUACCUGGGGAGCUCCUUCCAGUACCCAUUACCAUGGCAACAGUGCCCUAAAGAACUUGCCAGCAACCAGACAGUGAAGGAGUGUGCCGCCAGCUCUCCAACCUCAUAUUUCUGGUUCCGUAAGGCUCUGGAUAUCUCUGAUUCUAUCGAUCAAUCUGGAGAGUUUAACCUAGUCAUGACCGGUUGCCUGCUCGCUGCCUGGGUUAUUGUCUGUCUUGCUAUGAUUAAAGGCAUCAAGUCCUCUGCCAAGGUAAUGUACUUCUCCUCAGUUUUCCCAUAUGCUGUUCUCUUCUGCUUUCUGAUUAGAGGACUGAUGUUGGAUGGAGCCAUGGACGGACUUUCCUACCUGAUUUUCCCUAAAAUAGAGAUCUGGGGAGAGGUCCAGGUAUGGCGACAAGCCGCCACCCAGGUUUUCUUCGCUCUCGGUUUGGGCUACGGCUCCGUGAUCGCUUACUCGUCUUACAACCCCGUGAACAACAACUGCCACCGCGACGCCCUCAUGGUUUCCGCCAUCAACUUCACGACCUCGGUGCUCGCCUCGCUCGUCGUCUUUGCCGUCCUCGGCUUCCGGGCCAAGGGCAUUGCUCUGAAGUGUGUAGUGACGAACGUGGGUAAAAUGGCCGAGAUGGCGGCGUCGGGUUCGGCUGAUCACUGGUGGCCGUGGUUCAACAUGUCUGACCCGAAAUCUGUGGAUCUGCAGGACUACAGGGAGUGGUACAGACAUUAUGGAAGCCUGCUGGGGCCAAACGUCACUGACUGUAACGUAGAGAGAGAAAUGAACAAGGGAGUGGAAGGGACCGGUCUAGCAUUCAUAGCAUUCACGGAAGCCAUGGCAUCGUUUCCAGCCAGCCCGUUUUGGUCGGCGCUGUUUUUCCUCAUGCUGCUGAACCUCGGCCUGUCCACCAUGUUCGGCACCAUGCAGGGUAUCCUCACCCCCCUCAUGGACAACUUUAAACUGCUGGGUCGCCACAAAACGAUACUUACAGUGGUAAGCUGCGUCCUAGGCUUCCUGAUCGGACUGCUCUUCACUCAGCGGAGCGGCAACUACUUCGUGACCAUGUUCGAUGAUUAUUCCGCCACUCUGCCCCUAAUGAUCGUCGUCAUCUUCGAGACAGUCAGUGUGGCGUGGAUCUACGGUGCUGAUCGGUUUUUGGAUGACGUGGAGGUGAUGUUGAAAUGGCGCCCCCCAGUGAUCUACAAGUACAUGUGGAAGUAUGUGUGUCUGCUGGCUAUGGUGGGUCUCCUGACUGCUAGUCUGAUACGCAUGUUCUUCAAAUGGCCCACCUACACGGCAUGGAACCACACCACGGGAUCCGAAAAUGCCUUGGAGUACCCAGGCUGGGCGUUGGCAAUGCUUUCUUUACUCAUUAUCGUCGCCUCUCUCCCAGUGCCUAUCGGAGUUGUUCACUCCUUGUUAACCCGUAAGCGUGACCCAUCAGAGACAGAGGGCAUGAGCGAGCACCACAGAGAAAGAUACUCCAAAUGCAAUUCCGCCGAACCCGAACUCAACAACCACCACCCCUCACUGGAUGAGGACGCUAGCCAGCCCCUAGCUAACUUUCUGCACGUGGCCGUGGAUCACUACAGACUCCUUCCACAACAGGAAGACGGGGAGGAGGACGAGGAGGAUGACACGGAGCUGUAAAGGAGGUCUGUCAUGAAU